UCUCUUAGACUAAGAAAUCUUUGAUCACCAUGCCUGAGCCAGCCAAGUCCGCUCCUGCCCCCAAGAAGGGUUCCAAAAAGGCCGUCACUAAGGCCCAGAAGAAAGACGGCAAGAAGCGCAAGCGCAGCCGCAAAGAGAGUUACUCCAUCUACGUCUACAAGGUGCUGAAGCAAGUCCACCCCGACACCGGUAUCUCCUCCAAGGCCAUGGGCAUCAUGAACUCCUUCGUCAAUGACAUCUUCGAGCGCAUCGCCGGUGAGGCUUCCCGCCUGGCCCACUACAACAAGCGCUCCACCAUCACUUCCCGGGAGAUUCAGACGGCCGUGCGCCUGCUGCUGCCCGGGGAGCUGGCCAAGCACGCCGUGUCCGAGGGCACCAAGGCCGUCACCAAGUACACCAGCUCUAAGUGAGCAUGUGUUUAGAAAGGGGCACGCUGGCUCUUACCCAAAAAGGCUCUUUUCAGAGCCACCUAUCUCGUCCUGAAAAAGAGCUCUAACUUUUAAAGUUACGCAAUCGUGCAAGCACCUCUACCUUGCUGUCUUAGAGAUGGCCUUAUAGGCUAGUACACAUGUAAGUAACGUAAACUGGUUGACUUAAAAGCUUUGGAACUGCAGUCCUUGCAGGUUUAGAAAUCUUUGGGGUUAAUCUAAAAAUUUUAUGUCAAGUUAAAUCUCUGCUUAAUUUUAUUAACUUUUGGUUGCUGUUUUAGUAAGCGGUUGU